UCUGGUUUGUGGCAGCUCCUCUCUAUUGCUUUCACACCGCGACCUCGAUCAUGGUGCGCACAGACCCCUUCGAGGAGAGCACGGAGUCUAUGCUUGAGGUCAUCGUUCAUGCACCAGGUGGAGGAGCUGUUCACACUGUAGGCGCGAAUACGACGCGGCGCCAGAAGGGGCUUGGGACUUACUCAACCUCGUCGCUGGCCAAGGAUUCUCCGCAUUGCCUGACAUGCGGGAGAUUGGCGUAUCAGUACGUGACGAACUCGACGAAUGCGACUGCAACGCGUACUUUCCCAUCUGUGUCUUUUCCUAACCCAGGUGGGGGUGCGAUUGUGACUCACUUUUCCGUGCGAGCCCAAGGGGAUAUCUGUGGUAUCGGCAGCCUUCAGUUGACCUUGGCGGGAGUGACAGCCACUUCUAGCUCUUGCCAGAAUGGCGUUCCAUGCCAGUGCAACUCGAACUAUUGUACCUCGUGCACAGCGCCGAGCGCACAGUACCAAUCAGGCAUUCCGGGCUGGACUUGGGGCACCCAUGCAGUCGCACCAUCUUUCUCAGGUGCAGGGAUGGCCAUCGAGAGUCUCGUAAUCGACAUCUUCUACAUCACUGCGACGCCCAGUCCGACGCCGUACCCGACGCCCUACCCGACCCCCUACCCUACGUAUCCAUCCGCCCCCCCCGACGUGCCCGAUUCAAUGCAUUCUGCCUUAGCCCCCAUGGCGGCCGGAGUGGCGAACGGAAUCCUCCCGCCCGACGUUCCCGGCUCCAUGCAAGCUGCCGGAGCUCCCAUGGGGGCGGCCGGAAUCUCUGGAGUGGCGAGCGGUUCCGUGGCCGCCAUUGGUGAUCCGCAUUUGCAAAACGUCUUUGGCGAGCGGUUCGACCUGAUGAGGCCUGGCAAGCACGUUCUGAUUCAUAUUCCACGAGGAGAGCGUCUUGAGAAUGUGCUGCUCCGUGUAGAGGCUGAGGCACGUCGAUUGGGCAGUCAGUGCUCUGACAUGUAUUUCCAAGAAAUUAAUGUCACAGGGGACUGGGUGGAGAAGAAAUAUCGCAGAGGUGGAGUGGGUCUCCGUUUCCAAGCUCGGCGUGUGCGCGAUGGAACGCCAAGUUGGAUCACGUUGGGGGAAGUGCACUUGAAAGUUACCCAUGGGCGCACGCAGCAGGGCACCCAUUAUUUGAAUUUCCACGUGAAGAAUCUUGGACGGUCCGGCUUUGUUGUCGGAGGCUUGCUGGGAGCAGAUGAUCACGAGGAUGCUGCGAUGCCUUCGAAGGAUUGUGUUCAUCAGCUUUCCCUCCUUCAGACUGCGGUUCUGAGUGACCCACUGGCGCCUGUAUUCUCGACUGCAGCGGCAAGUCUCGCAUGACGGCUUGCAAUUUCAGGCAAAAGAGUUGAUACUGAAGUUUUGCUGUGCUCUCCGGGUGGAGCUGUGCUGCUGAGCUGAUAAAACUCUAACCGUUGCUUCUGAGUCUUGGGCCUCGGGUGCCUGCGCAUGAGCCCUGUCACCGACCGAUGCCAUCAGCUAGGCGUUGCCGUCCCAGCAGUGGCCCUCGAGAAACUCCGUGGGUCCGUGAGCCAUCGAUCUGAGAGGAGGCCAGGAGGCUCGGAGGUUUAGCCCCAACCUUGUGCACCAGAAGGCUGAACAUACACACAGCGUGGCUGGCCUGGGCGAGAACUGGAGGCACGUGCAGCUGCACCUCUGCCCAGCGCCCGGCCCUUCUGUGGCCAUCCGCGCUGGGCGCAUCCAGCGGGCAUCCAGCGUGUGGCCUCCAGAUGCUCCACGCGUGGAUCCAGCUGCGCGUGUGUUUCCAGGUCCUCGGCAGUCGUGCGGUUGCCUCUCCCCGGCAUGACUUGGGUUGGGUGCUUGGGCAUGGCGCCGACGAGCGCUGGAGAGACGGCCGAAGAACGCCAAAGGCCCAGGGGUGAAGGGGAAUGCACGGUCGACAUCAUCGUGAGCCCGUGCAGUAGGGCAUGGCGUGACCCCCGCAGAUGUGUGAUUGGCGCCGCGGAUCGCCCUGGAGGUGCCGUCGGAGGCGGCGGCGCCAGGGUGCUGAGAACGCCGCAGGCUACUUGAGGAGUCUAACGAGGCCAGCCGGGACUAUCGGGGAGGGCGUCUGAGCGCAACCCGAAGUGUCACCAGCCCCUCUCGUCUCACUUCCCUUAUUCCUCUCGCAGUCUCUCUCUCUCUCACCCCCUCACCGUUUUCAUUCAUGCGGCCAGAGCACAGUAGCAUCGUGAUACGCCCUAAACUGAUUGGUGGCAGGCCAAUGUUCUAGAGACCGUGGGUGCUGCAGGGGCGCGAACAGAAGCGCUCUUCGCGCUUCGCGGCUGGGCUCGGAGAGGUAUCUUUCUCCAGCGGCCAGCACGAAGGCGAAACGAUAGCCGCGCCUCCCGCUUCGCGCGGCACCAGUCGCGAAGACAGGUGGCCUAGGAGGCCGUCCUAUCAACAUCGUAGACUGCGAGACGUCUCUUGGGACCACUGGGCCAGCGGCCAGCAAGACAUCCACACUCUGGCAGGCGCAGAAAGCCUCCUCAACUGGAGCGCAGCCCGCCCGCAGGGGCUUCAGAGAGGAAGAGCCGCGAACAGCAGAGGGCCGUCUUCCCUGUCAGCUUGAGCUUGCCACGAGCUCGCACCUCGGAAUUCGAGGAUCAGGCGGCGAGGCUCUUCGAAACCGGGCGGACGAGGUGGUGUGAAGAUGGCAGGUGCUCAGAGA